AUGGCUAGUCAUCAUGAGCCGCUCAGGGCUUUAGCCCCCAUCAAUUGGCACGACGUGCCGCAGGAUACAUUCAAGACGUUCCUAAACGACACCUUUAAAGAAGCUCAAAUCGUCAUAGACUCCAUCCCGUCCUCUGCUACCGCCCCCGUGAAACCGCCCCCUACAGGACGAGCUCGAGCACAAACCGAUUCAGCUCUGGUAUACACAGACGUGCAAAGGUCUCUAUCAUUGCAUCAGUCCCCCGCUGCCGCCGCUACAUCUGCCCAGCUACGAAAGGACUGGAAAGAGGUCAAAACGAACCCCAAGGAUAAUCCUCUGGCCAUCAAUGUCUACAAGCUGCCAGGAAAAGAUGGCAAGGGCGCGUGGUUUGCUAGGCGCAGUGUCCACGAGGGCUUGUCAUUUGAGCAGUGGAAAGCUGGGCUCGAGAGAGAGUUUGCAGAGUCCAUGAAGGUGCAGGGAUCGCCGGGCAGCGGCAACAUUCGCGGCAUUGGAGCCGAUAGGAAUGUUGAGCAUCAUGUCGUUGACGAUGCGGGGCACGUUGAUGUCUUUCAACUUUCGGCACAGUUCCCCGGACCUACGGCCCCGCGAGACUUCAUCACACUUCUACUCACGUCCGACUUUUCCCAUCUCAAGUCUGAUCAGCCGCAGCAACUACCUUUGCGACAGUACAUGGUGGUGUCGAAGCCUUGCGUUCACCCCGAAUGUCCCCCUCGCCAGGGCAUAAUUCGAGGACAGUACGAGUCGGUAGAAAUCAUUCGAGAGAUACCCAUUGACAGUGAAACCUCCACAAACAAAAGAUCCCUCUCUUCUGCGGAUUUAUUGGCGGACGAGGGCCGCAAGUCCAUCUCGGCCAAUCGAUCCGGCGACGACCCUGAUACCCCUCGAGCUAUUGAGUGGUUGAUGGUAACUAGGAGUGAUCCGGGUGGUAGCGUUCCGCGUUUCCUCAUCGAGAAGGGAACACCUCCGGGCAUCAUUGGUGAUGCUGGAAAGUUUCUAGACUGGGUUGCGUCGACAACUUCCAAGGUCGGAACUUUUCGCUCUCUGGAAGACAAGCAAAAACCGAGUGCGGACAACAAGAGCAAUACCAAUGGCAGCGCAAAUCGAAAUAUCCCUUCCGUCACAAUCAACGACAAAGCCCCGGCCUCACAAAACGAAUCAUUCGACCAACAACAGGACAGCCAAUAUCCCGAAUCAGGAUAUAGCGAUUGGAUACCGAGCAGCACUGGCUUGUAUGGCAUCAUUACCGGAGCCUUCGGCGUGGCAGGCUCCAUUGCCAGCGGCCUACGUUCACAGUUCAGCAACCCCCUCAGCUUCAACAGCAGCCAGGACAGCUUAGCAGACAGUCAGCCCAUACCAGAAGAACAUGACGAUAACGCAUCACAGAGCGACGCAUCAUCUAUCCGCAGCUUCACGUCAGCCCUGGAGAAGUAUCGGACCGGCGAACGACAAGCCGAUAGCAUAACAGGCAGCAAUUCCGAGGAGUCCAGGUCACUGCGCCCUCAACCAGCGGAAAAAGAUCUCCAGAAACUGGUCGACCGACGCCAAAAGCUGGAAAGGAGCUUCACCGAAUUCCAGGAGCGCAUGGCCACAAGACGUGUGGGCGACAAGGAGAAGGACGCCGCGUCGCAAGCUAAAUUGCGGGAGAAGCACGAAAAGGAAAUGGCCAAGCAAGAAGCCAAAUAUAAGCGCGAGAUGCGAAAACUCGAGGAGAAGCGUGAGCAAGAGGAGCGCAAAGCAGAAGCACGGAGGAAGAAGGCUGCUGAGAGGCAAGAAAAGUCUAGUCUGACGUUGGAGCUGGAAAAGGUCAGGGCAGAGAGGGACGUGGCCCUGAAGCAGAUGGAGUUGCUGCGCAGUCAAGUUGGUGAAUUGCAAGCGCAGAAUACGAUGCUUGUCGCCAAGUUGGGGCGGAUGGGGGCGUUGAACAGGGAGGAUUCGUCGUCUUCCAAGACGAACUCUAUCAGGUCUGUAAAGUCUUGA